UCAACCAAAGUUAGUUGACAACACAUUACAAGUAUUUCACAACGAACCCACAGAUAACAGGAGUGGAAACAGUAUGAAUGCGGAUGCAUAUUAUAGCCCGAAUGGCGACAGUUAUGUGUCAGAACGAACACAAACCAGAGAAGCCUAUCAAGAUCCCCUCAUCACAACAGAGACUGUCAUCGGAGAUGAUGGAGUUGAAAGAACUAUAACGAAAAAGACAGUGACAAAGACAGUAACGACACAUACAACAAGACAAAUAGAAGAUUAUGAACAUGGAAGUUUACCUAGAAGCGACUUGUCAAGGCCACAGGACUCUUAUAGAUCACAGCAAAGUCCAACAUAUUCUGAUAGAAAUCAUAGAAGUCCAACAAAUGAAGAAUCAAGGCUGUUAAGAGAGCCUUCUUCAGAGAGUAGUUCGAACAGUGACCUUCGACCUGGUAGCCACGAUGCUCCUGUCGGUUACACUCGUCACAUGGAGAAUAACUAUGACCAGAGAGAUGAACCGAGACAACUGACUCCUGAAAAAUUUCAGCCUGAAGAAUAUGGCCUUGAAGAUGAAAGGCGAAGUGACUACGAAGAUGACAAUGAUGGCUAUGGUCUCGAUCCAGUGGGCAGAAGAGAUUAUGAUGGCGAAUCAUCACGCUCUAGUACCCCAAGGCACAGACAAUCACCAAGAUAUGAUCCAGCAGCUGAACUGCGAAAUGAGACUCCGAUUGCCGCCCCCAGAAAUCCACCACGAGCUCCACGUGCAGAAAUGGAAACUGGAAGUCAAGCAAGCUUAGACAGGUUGGGCCACCCCUCGGACUGGAGAAGACCAGAAUUGAAAGAAGUCAUCAGAAUGUUGAGCUACCCAAUAGACGUUGUGCAAUUAAAUGCAGCAGCCUAUCUUCAACAUCUUUGCUUCAAUGAUAAUAACAUCAAGGCUAAUGUCAGGAGGCUGGAUGGUAUUCCACCUCUCGUGAGACUUCUCGAUCAUGCCAACCCAAAAGUACAACUGAACGCCUGCGGAGCUCUGCGUAACUUGUGUUACGGCCCGCAAAACAACGACAACAAAAUUGCUAUAAAAACCUGCGAGGGAGUACCCGCUCUCGUCAGAGUUGUAAGAGAAUGCAAGGACCCUGAUGUCAAAGAACAAGCGACUGGUACAUUAUGGAAUUUAUCUGCGCACAAGGACCUGAAGGGACAAAUUUUAGAAUUGGCCAUGGAACCACUGGCAACCUUUGUUAUCAUUCCAUAUUCUGGAUGGCAGGAACAACAAAGCACUAAACCAAAGAAAGUUGAUUUACCAGAUAUUCUCACCAAUGCUCUCGGAAUUAUCAGGAAUUUAAGUUCACACAACAGCCCUGAAUACAGAAAGCGUUUGAGAGGGUGCGAUGAUUUGAUCGAUGCCAUUGUUUAUUAUUUGAGAAUGAACAUCGAAAAGGAAGAGACCGCUAACAAGGGCACUGAAAACAGUGCUUGCAUUCUGAGAAAUCUGAGCUUCCAGUUAUACAUUGAAGCACCCGGUGCAGAACAAUAUAAAAUUGAAGAUGAAACAAAAGAACCUGAACAGGCGGACGUUUCUUGUUUUGGAAAAAAGAAAUCAAAAGCUGAAGAAGGAGAGACCAUUGAUCAGAUUCCACCUGCUGAUUCCAAUGCAAGAGGUCAUGAAAUAUUAUGGCAACCUGAUGUUGUUUCUCUCUAUCUAUCUCUUCUUAACACAUGUGUAAAUCAACCAGAAACAUUGGAGGCGGCGGCUGGAGCUGUUCAAAAUUUAACACAUGGAAAUUGGCAGUGGGCCCUCUAUGCUAGAGCUGUAGUUCGUAAAGAAAAGGGACUCCCAGUCCUCGUCGACAGGCUAAGGACUGAUAAUGACAGAGUUAUAAGAGCUGUUUCAAUUGCUUUGACCAAUCUUGCACAAGACCACAAAAACAAAGAUUUAAUUGGAAAAUAUGCCAUGAGAGAUCUGGCAUAUAAAUUGCCUGGGAGCACAGAAUCUCAAACUGCUUUAUCAGACCUGACAUAUAUCGCUGUGCUCAACACAGUACGAGUCAUAGUAGAGAGAAGUGCCACAAAUGCUAGACAUUUACGAGAAGCUGGUGGAAUCGAACGUAUCACGACAGUGAAUAAUUCAAGGGAUGGAAAGUACCAUCAAAGAGUUGUGAAAGCCGCCGGUCAAGUGCUGAAAGUGUUAUGGGAUAUCAAAGAACUGCAUUCCAUGUAUAAAAAGGAUGGAUGGAAUAAAACACACUUCGUGCCAACUGUCACUGCAGCCACUCUUCCCAGAAGCCAAAAAGCACUGAACAAUCGUCCAUAUGACGAUGCUGUAGAAAGUGGCACUUUCCCAAGAAGAAAACAGGGGAACAAUGAAGAAUAUGCCAUGAAUGAGAAAAACAAAUCGGCUGUGAACUCUGAACAAAAUGAAGGACCCACUGAUUCAUGGGUGUAAGAUGAAGGGGAAAUAAACUAAUAAGACAAUAAUAUAAAGAACUUAUCGUGAUGCCACGAAUAAAGCAAUUGAUAAUAAUAACUUAUAAUGUUACACAAUAGGUUUUGUGUCGCAACGUUUUUCUACUUCUGCUGAGACAAGACUUUCAAAAAAGGUGCAAAAAACAAUCUUGCAUUUUGGUGCGCUGAAGAUUAUUUUUUCAACAAAGUCCUAAUAACGUAAACAAGACUAAUUUUCAACCAUGAAACUGACAGAACUGAUGAAAAAUGGGCCAACCAAUCUUCGUGCCUCGCUUUUUGCAUUUGUAAAAUUUUUAUCCAAUCGUGUCUAUGCUAAUGGGACAUAGACACACUAGACAUUUACAGUAAUUGUAUUAUUUCACAUUCGGAUUUAGUCUGGAUCAUUUUUAAAUCCAACUUAUCAAGCUCGAUUUAUGCUUAAUUAUAUGCUAACCAAGCUUGGUCUUAUACUAAGUCGCACUUGGCUUGCUAAAAACAUUCGUUCGAACCAACCAUAUAUAUUUAUAGUCCUCAACAUCAUAUCAUUGUGUAGAGUUCUUUUGAAUAGCAUUAUAAAUUUCUAAUAAUUAGCCUAUACGUAAUUUUUAACACUUUCAUAGCAUAUCUUAAAUGCCAUUAUACCAAUCGUCGCCAGUUUGGUCAAUCCGCUCUAUUUAAUCACUAAAUCUGAAAAUGUUUUUGUACUUUAUUAAUUAAUUGCGAUUGAUUCAUUCAUUUUGUGUGCCUUAUUUGUUCGAUUGGUAUGAUAUGCGAAACUAAGAAAAAGGUUUUAGGAUUUUUGAAAAAAUGUACUGUUUUCUAACAAAAUUUUUAACAUUCUCAUGUCGAGGAGAGACAGAUAAUGUAUUUUUGUAAAAUCGUGGUUUUUCACAUUUGCAUUUAACAUUUUUUGUAUCAUAUAUUUGGAAAGUGUGCUUAUGAAUGAGGUCAUCAACAUAACCUAAUAUUACUGUAAUGUCAAUCAAAAAAAAUUCUCGCACUGACCACGCUAGGCAUCAGACAGAAAUUCUCGACCAUGGUUAGAAUAUUUACUUCGGAUACAAUGGCCAUAAUGUGAGCUUGGGAAAUUUUCCGACAAUGGUCAUAAUAUUUACUCUGGACAUUCUCGGCAAUGGUCGUAAAAAAAUUGGAAAAUUCUUGACGACGGCCGUAAUAAUUUUUCAUUGAAAAUUCUCGGCAAUGGCUGUAAUAUGCUUUGGGAAUAUCUCAGCAAUGUCAUGCUCUUCACGUGAACAAUUCUCGGAAAUGGUCAUAAUAUUCUCUUGGGGAAGUUCUCGACAGAUGUUUUAAUAAUCACCUGGAAAAAUUCCCGGCAAUGGUAUUGAUGUUCAUUUGUAAAUUUACAUUAGAUUCACCAACAAUAAUUGUGAUCUCUAACAUAUACAUUGUUAUUUUAUCCUGACUCAACCUAUUGUGAUUUUCAAUUUUAUUUUUGGCUUUUUUUGCUUUCAUACAAUGAAUUGUGACGACAUCUUGUUCUAGGAACAUUUCUUAUUUUUCAUCAAAUCAUUAAAUGAAAUCUUAAGUUUAUAGACUUGGACCAAAAUAUAGAAAUAAAUCCACAAACAAUGGCUGAAUCCCACAAGGUACUACUUUUAUGCUAGAAUGGUACAAGAUAUUUUCCAUUUGUGCUCGCAAACACUGGUUCUGUACUUAUUAUAUUCUGUAAUGUUUUACUUUUGCGAUGUUCUCAUAUUCAAACGGUGCUUAUAGGUCCUAGUCUUCGCUUGCACAUGGUGCUUUUCAAUCGUAUAAUUUUUCCUAAUAGAGUAUGCUAGAUUGGCUGUAUCAAGCAUCGAUUUUGCUUCAUCUCGUAAUUUGAAAUUCUGUAAACGAGUGGGAAAGUGCACCAGUCAUUGUAUUAUACCACUGGUUCCCCACCCUUUCCUGGCCGCCAAACCGCAUUCAAUGAUUCCAUGGUAUUGUUCGAAAUUUCUCCAUAUCUAAACAUUUGUCCUUAGAAGUAUUCUUGUUUUGGUAAAAAAGGCCAAAAGCAAAUACCUAUGACAUCUGAAGAGGCACUAAUUUGUUAAUUCUAUCCAAUUUCUUCGGACUCGCUAUACAAUCUAAUCUACUAGCAUCAGCUUCUAAGAAACAUGUUAAAUGUGUAGGUCUAUAUUAAACCAUUGCAAUGGGCUCGCUUGAGCUCAGAUAAAGAUCGAUAGAACUCUAGUUGGGAACCACUACUUAUCAAAACCCAUUUCAGUUGAAAAUGUUCACCCCUAUGUUGAGGUGAUUAAGCAAUUACGAAAAAUGUUCGCAUUUGUGACCAAAUUUUUUUAAAGGGAAUUGCACACCAUGUACAUGACCAAUAAUUCUUGUGUCAUUCUCUUAUUAUACCUACCGUUACUGCCAUUUACCGAUGAGCUUUUGUGUUUUUGUAGCUUUGUUAUGGUAGCUUGUUAUGUAAUUCUUAUUUAGCAUAAUUUCAUAUAAUUUUUUUCGAAAUGUUGAAAAUCAACAAUAUUGUAUUCUGUAAUCAAUGCCUAUACUGUAAUUAGUAGAUAGCGCCAAAGACACACAGACAAAUUUAGCGUGCGUCUUUUUUUGCUUUUGGAGCACCUGUAGAUUGUGGCCCCUAUUUGAGUUCUCUGCCCUCAGUACUACAUGCUAGUGUGAUGGUGGACCUGCUUUUUCGUCGAUGUAGUAGUAUGACAUUGGUGGGUCAGAUUAUACCUAAAGCAUCUUUGAUCAUGUGUGAUGCAUAUGUAAAUAGUGUAUAUUAUUUUUAAAACCAGUUCGAGCUUUUGAAAUUAGUUCGAUAAAAUAAUGAUAUUCCAAAACACCUAAUAUAACUAGGCUACUAUAACUAGUGUCCCAUAAUAUCAAAAAUGGAUCUUUAUUUUUACUGAAAUAAAUUAGAAUGUGGUUAUUAUA